CGUUAUCAGGCACAAGGCUAGGGUUCCUAGUUGAAAGAACACAACGCUACGAAAAAUACAAUACAAGAACAAGUGGUGGUGUUGUUGCUUCCUUCCUUCGUUCCUUCCUCUCUGAACUGCGUUUUUGUCAUUUGCGCUUUGCGAGCGGGAAAAACGGCACCGUUUCUCUCGUCUCUUUUCUGCGUUUCGUGUUUUGAAAUUUUCUUCUCAUCUUGAGAACAUGGACGAGAACGUGCUUGAUGAAAUCAUCCGGAGGCUCGUGGCGGCCAAGAACGGGAGGACCACCAAGCAGGUCAACCUCACGGAGGCGGAAAUCCGUCUGCUCUGUGUUUCCGCUAAGGAGAUCUUCCUCAGCCAGCCCAAUCUCCUCGAGCUUGAAGCUCCUAUCAAGAUUUGCGGUGAUGUCCAUGGCCAGUUCUCAGAUCUUUUAAGGUUGUUUGAAUAUGGGGGAUACCCACCUGAAGCAAAUUAUUUAUUUCUUGGAGAUUAUGUUGAUCGUGGUAAGCAGAGCAUAGAGACAAUAUGCUUACUCCUAUCAUACAAGAUCAAAUAUAAGGAGAAUUUCUUUCUUCUCAGGGGCAACCAUGAAUGUGCUUCCAUCAAUCGUAUCUACGGUUUCUAUGAUGAGUGCAAGAGGAGGUAUAAUGUUCGCCUCUGGAAGACUUUUACUGAUUGCUUUAAUUGUCUACCUGUUGCUGCUCUAAUAGAUGAGAAGAUCCUUUGCAUGCAUGGUGGACUAUCACCUGAACUAAAAAACUUAGAUCAGAUAAGGAAUAUUGCUCGUCCUAUUGAUGUGCCAGAUCAUGGCCUUCUCUGUGACCUUUUAUGGGCUGAUCCUGAUAAAGAUAUUGACGGAUGGGGAGAAAAUGAUCGAGGUGUUUCUUUUACAUUUGGGGCUGAUAAGGUUGUUGAAUUUCUUGAACAUCAUGAUCUCGAUCUGAUUUGUAGAGCUCACCAGGUUGUAGAAGAUGGGUAUGAGUUUUUUGCUAAACGUCAGCUGGUGACCGUAUUCUCCGCACCCAAUUACUGUGGUGAAUUUGAUAAUGCUGGUGCUAUGAUGAGUGUUGAUGACACCUUGACAUGCUCUUUCCAGAUACUCAAGUCUUCUGAAAAGAAAGGGAAAAUGGGAUUUGGUAACAACUCAUCGAGACCAGGAACUCCACCUCAUAAGGGGGGGAAGGCUUAAUUAACAUCCCGAGCUAUAUGACUACAAAGGCAGUGAGGUGGAUGGAGGCUUUCAUUCUCCGUUGUCCAACAUAUAAUGGCAACCAUGACUAAAGACAGUGUAGCAAGGCACAGGGCACUUUUUAUUAUGCGACUUCGAUUGAUCCCCUUUUUCUUUGUUUCUUUCUUUUUUCUAAUUGCCUUUUCCCUCUUAAUGUACAAUGGAAAUUCCAAUUUCGUUGGGGGAAAUCCUGAAUAUCUUGUCAUUGUGUUGCUAAAAUUUAUUUUUACAAUUGCGUCAAUUUUAUAUCGAAUGUGACUGGCUUAGAGAAGCUAAA